AUGAAGUUGCAACCCGUUUUAGUGACUUUUGUCUUACUGAUCGGCUGGUGUUACCCAUGUACAGCCUCUGAUGAACACCCAGAUGUUGGACAUGAUGAGGAUGUACACCCCAAUACCCUCACAGAAACAAACGGGGAUGUACUGGACAUUGAUAUGCAAACAAUCAGGGAUGUACCGGACACAAGCACUGAAACAAACUGGGACGACAACAACAAGGAUAACUAUGAGGAUGCUGAUUGGCAUCCUCCUUCCUCCCUCUUGGAAACAGACCAUGACCUGCACCCAGACUUCCCGCCGGUGAUACGCAGUGGCAACACUGGUGUUACCAACAGUGCCAACCAAACCUUCAACCGAACUAUUGGUAGUUCAUCAGCACAGUGCGGUGAGUACAGCAGCCAGCUGAUGUCUAAUGGCCAGUGCCGGCUGAUGGCAACACUGCCUCCAGUGCCGGUGGGAACGUCACAGAAGCGUUGCCCAGAUAUGUUCCGCUGUACAGACGAUGUUUCAAAUUGGCUUCACGAGAACCAGAACAGAAAGGAGCAACUGGAGGAGCUAAGAGAGACAAUGUCAGAGCUGCAGGAGGAGCUGAGGAACCACCGGCAUCGAGUCAAGGCCCUGGAGAUGCAGGAUGGAGAAAGUGUUGGCUUAAACUCGACCUUUGACCAGCGGUUGCAUUCUCUGGAGUUGCGUUACACUGAGGCCAACACAUUGCUCCACGUGCAUGCGGCUCUGCUGUACGAGCUGCAGGAGCAGCUCCACAACCUGUCAGCGACCGUGGAGCGCAUGAGCCGCAACACGGGCUGCACGAUCAACGUAAUCAGAACCACACCGCUACUCGGCAUGCGCGACACACUGCCACCAGAUGGACAGCACCUGUCUUUCUGUCCAUCGGACUGUGCAUCUCUGUAUCUCAAUGGCGUUCGUCGCUCUGGUGUUUACAACAUAGUCCUGUCGCCAGGCGCCACCCUGCCUGUCUACUGCGACAUGGAGACUGAGGGUGGGGGCUGGACGGUGUUUCAGCGGCGGCACGAUGGCUCUGUGAGUUUUAACCGCGGUUGGUCAGAGUACCGCAGUGGCUUUGGCGAGCCGCGAGGAGAACACUGGCUGGGCAACCAACAACUCCACCUGCUGUCCAACCAUGGCCAUUACAGCCUCCGCAUCGACCUGCAGGACUGGAGCCACGCCCACAGAUACGCCCUGUACCACACCUUCAGGGGGCAGCUCAAUGGGCUGCAAAAAAGAAGUCAGAUAGGAGGGCGCUACUCUUUGAAAGCCCAGAACUUGCUCGGGCCGGACGGCAUUGUCUGGUUCUCCUGGAAGGAAUCAGACUUCUACUCUCUGAAGGCGGUCACCAUGAUGAUACGGCCACGCCACUUCAGACCACGCUUGUCGCCAUAG